GUAAGUGGUAACAACAAUUUCGUGAUAAAACCACCGCGUCGUGACGUGAAUUUUGAAUAUGUGGACUUUUUAGUUGAUAUUUUUAUAUUUUAAACAGAUCGUUCAACUAUUGAGGUUUUUAAAUCAUAAAAUUAUAACUGAAAUGGCGUCGAUCACUGUCAAUAGAUUAUUAAGCGGAACGAUCAAACUGGUGUGCAACAGCGAUUAGUAAUCAAGUUUUUGAAUUUCUAACGAUGAAUAGAAGUACGAUUUGUCUGUUCGAUGUCGACGGUACAGUCACAGAUCCUAGACAGCCAAUAGAUCCAUCUGUGAGGUCGUUCAUGGUCGACGAGCUCAAGAAAAAAACACUCAUUGGGUUGGUGAGUGGUUCAGAUAUAUCAAAGAUAGAAGAACAGCUUGGAGGCCCAGAAUACACAGCUCAAUUUGACUAUGUAUUCGCAGAAAACGGCCUAGUUGCGUUCAAGAAUGGCGAAGAGUUAAAAAAGCAAACAAUUGUUGAUUAUUUGGGUGAAGAAAAACUGCAGACAUUUAUUAACUUUGCAUUGGGUUACAUGUCAAAAAUACAAUUGCCAGUGAAACGUGGAAAUUUUGUAGAAUUUAGAACUGGCAUGAUCAAUAUCAGUCCUGUUGGUCGGUCAUGCUCAAAAAUUGAACGUGACAAUUUUGAAGAGUAUGAUAAAGUUCAUAACAUUAGAAAGAAAUUCAUUGAAAGCAUUAAAGAAAACUUACCAGAUAUUGGUUUAACUUACAGUAUUGGUGGCCAAAUAAGUUUUGACUGUUUUCCUAUAGGAUGGGAUAAGAGAUUUUGUCUACGCUAUGUUGAGGACGAGUUUAAAGAAAACAUACAUUUUUUCGGGGAUAAAACAUUUGUCGGAGGAAACGAUCACGAAAUUUUCAAUGAUCCAAGAGUGAUUGGACAUACAGUUAUUAAUCCAAGAGACACCAUUUCGCAAUUAAACAAUCUGUUUAAUAAAUAAUAAUAAAAUUUAAAGCAUUAGAAAUAAUUUAUAUGUACACUUUAACUCUUAUGUAGGAGCAAAUAAAAAUAAAUAAAUAAAACAAAAAUUAUCACAACUGCAAUACAAAACAUAAGUCAAUAGUAAAUUUUAUACAAAUUUAACAAGUUGAUUGUUGAAUUCAUUCAUAAAUAUAGAUAGUUGAGAAAACGUUGGCCUUUCAUUAGGGGCUAAGGCCCAGCAGCAUGCCAUCACAGUGAACAGUUCAUCGGGACAGUUGACUGGCUGAGUUAAUCUAAAACCGUCUUGAAGGUAAGCCGACAUUUCAAAUGGAUCAAUGUCGGCAUAUGGUUGCUGGCAUAAAGUCAAGAGUUCCCAAAGUAGGACCCCAAA